AUGAUAAAAUUCAAAGUAUGUUGCAAGCACGCGUCUCGUCGAUUUAUUCUUAGUAGAUUUAUUGGUUGGUUUGGAUUCGAAAGUCAAUUACGUAAUCUAUUUAGUAUCCCGUGUACUAGCAAAUUCAUUGUUUCAUACAUUGACGAAGAUGGUGAUGAGAUAACAAUUUCAAGUGAUAUCGAACUUGAUGAAGUCAUUGCUCAAGCAUCAAUGGGUAUUCCCAUCAGACUAUUUUUAACAAUUUUGCCUUCAGAUGUAGAAGAAACUGUCGUUGAAAUGGAACAAUUAAAAAUCAAAGAUGUUGAUCAUGAUGCUACUGGAAGUUACUUUGCUCAGCCAGAAAUUACCGAAAUCGAAAUUGAACCGGAGCAGAAUGUUAGGGAUUAUGAAGAGAAGUGUAAAGAUUUUAGUUCAUUUGCUGAAGAGGAGGUCGACCAUAGUAACUCCGACUCUGAAAUUUACUUUAUUAUCACCAAUUCACGUGACUCGAGGCGAGAACCAAAAUUUGGUCACGCUAGGUUGGAUUCAUCAGAAUGCUUUAAUAAUUGUCAUUUUUUGCGUGACGAUCUUCAUUCUCAUCACAGAAAUCCAUUUUACAGUGGCCGUGAAGUUCACGGAAAAUCCUAUUUAACACCAGAAAAAAUACUUCAUGUUGCUGAAUCUGAUCAUCGUGAAGAUGCAAAAGAAUCUUACGCUAGACAUCAUCAUCAUGGUCCCCUUACUCCCGAGGAAUUGGAUGAGAAGAUUAGACUCCUAAAUUCAAUGGGAUUCUCGCCCGAGUAUAAUGCUCACUAUGAAGAGUUGUUAAAAAAAUCUGGCGGAAGAAUUGGAUAUGUGGUGGAAACUUUGCUUUGCGAGAGGAAACACGAAGAUGAAGGAAAAGAUAAAGAAUCCCAGGAAGACAGUGAAAUUCAUGAAGUCAAAGCUUUAGGAAUUUUUUGA